AUGCCCAAGUACACCGAAAAAGACUUGCAAGAAGCCGUCCGUGAAGUCCACCAAGGCACUUCACAACGCUCAGCUGCUAAACGAUGGCACAUCCCACGGGCAACGCUGCAAGACCGACUCAAUGGUGGCAUUUCCCAUGCUGAGGCCCAUGAGUGUAGACAGCGUUUCUCACGGCAGCAGGAGAAGCUGUUGUCCCGCUGGAUCUUCCAGCUUGUUGCUCUUGGCGUUCCUCCGACCCAGGGUCAGUUUGAGGAAUUCGCAAGUCGCAUCUUGGUAGUUCAUGGAGACAGCCAGCCAUUGGGCAAACACUGGGUGCAAGGGUUUCUAAGACGAAACCCUGAUGUGAAAUUAGUCAAAGGGUAUCUAUUUUCUACUCAUCCGUCAGAACCUGAGGAUGCUGUCUGCAUCGCGCCAUCCCAUCAGUCCAGGCGGGCACGACUUCAGGAGCCGACAUGCACAUCAACACGCCAGAUGGAGGGGCAGCAAAUUUCCUCAGAGAAUGAUUUUCAUGAAGAAGCCGCAGCAACUUGGGACUCUUAUUCUUACAUGGAUCACGAUGCAGAAAUCUUAUUCGACAGUGAAAGUUUGGAAACUCCGGACUGGAUCGAGCCAUCCGGGCCAUACUUAGAAGAGUACAACUUUCCUCUCCAAGAAUGA